AUGGCUGAAGGCAAACAGAAAUCAUUGUCGUCGUCAUUCCUGUGCUCACCAAUUCCCAAGGAUACAACGCAAAAAUUCUUCAUAGAAGAUUCAAAAAGCGUUCUUUUCGACGACAUGCGUACACCGGAUAAAAAACACAAUUCUUUUACCCUAGAGAUUGCGCAAGGUCUACAAGAGCGUGUGAAGGAUGUCGAUUUCGAACGACGAGAAGCAACACAGGUGGAGGAAGAUGACAGCGCGAGAAAAUGCAAGCGACAGCGGCUCGAAAUCGAAAGUUUUGCGAUUACUAAGAACGAGGAGCUCAAGCGGGAAAUUCAGAUGCUUAAAAUUCAGCAGGACACUAAUUCGCAGCGUCACCAAAUCGAGCUGAGGGAAAGAGACCUGCAACUGGAUCAACUUCGGCGCCAACUACAAUUUGCUGUUAGGGAGGAGGAAGACACACUGGCAGAAUUGAAAUCUAUGACAAACGAACAUUCAGCGGAAAAGCUUAUGUUGGAAAAGAAAAUUGUUGAACUGGAGGCACAAUUGCGACUUUUUGAAGGAAAACUAAACGAGUGGAAGGAAAAGGCGCUUGCAGCAAGCAGCGAAUUGCGCUCGCAGACGAAACAGUCGGCAAUGAAAAUUCAGAUUUUGCAAGAUGAGUUGACGGCUGCUCAAGACUCCUCAUCGACUUCCUCGCAGAUGGAGGACAACAUUUUUGAAUCAAAGAUUCGCCUGCUAGAAACCCAACUUAAGGAAAAGAGCAUGGAGGCCGAACAUUUUGCUUCUAGCUUGCUUGGUGCUCAAGAAACGUUAAAAAACGCCCGAAACAUUCGCGAUUUAAAUGAACAUAUUAUGCAGCUUCAAGCGUCAGAGCGCAGAUUGAAGACCGAGCUGAAAAACUUAAUUGAGGCUUCUCGAUCUUCCUCAAUUCUGCAAGAAAGGCUUUAUCAGACGACGCAAAAGCUUCAGCAAAGUGAAGCAAGAAAUGCCAAAUCACUCAAACAAAUCGAGAGUGCACUGCUUCUAGAAGAAGUCCACAACGAGUUUCAAAGAUACUUUGAACCAAUCGUGGCGGAAGCCAAAAGUAGGGGCAUCGUGACUCUUGAUGACUUGAAAAGCCGACCGGCAGCUGCAGUUGUUGAGCUGUAUAAAGCGCGUCAGAAUGCUUUUGAAAUUCUUCUAGAGCAGAAAAAUAAUACGGAUAUACAACUGCGGCGGCUGGAAAAACAGUGUGAAAAACUUCAAAGUGACUUACUUACAGUGGGCAACAAGUGCGCUAAGUUCGAAAUGCAGCUGGCUGAGUGUCAGGAGAAGAUGAAUGGUUCCAAUGAUGUUGUAUCUCAUCUACGUAAAUUAAACGCAGAGCUGAUAGAAAUUCUUGAAACUUAUGGCAAGGAUGUCGAUGACCAGAAGACAAGUGAGCUCUCAACACAGCGCAUUGCUUUGCUGAGGUCUUCGUUAAAGCAGUCGCAAGAACUAAUUAAGGGAAUGGAAUUUUCACAGAAGUUGAUGGCGACACCAGCUGCUAUCAAAAAAUAUGAAGCGCGAAUUGAGAGACUGGAAAAAGUGCUGGCCAACACGAAGCAAGAAAAUGGAAAGCUGGCAAAGCAUCUUGAAAAGGCUGAGAUGGAGCUGGCAGCAUUCGAGAAGCGGCUUGGCAGAGGUGAAUUUAAUGUAGAGACAACAAAGAUUGUGCAUUUAUCUGUAAAUCCGACACGCGAGCUACUUGAAAGCAAGGCUAAGGCUAGUGAUGUCGACAAGUUACGUCAAGAGAUAAAGACGCUUCGUGCAAGACUGAACCAAUUCACAGACGGAGAUCUCACCGAGCCUCUUAGUAUACCUGGCGAAGACAACCUUACUACUACAACGUCAUAUGAUACAGUGGAAGGUCUCAAGAAACUAAAUCACCGGCUGAAGCAGGUGUUUGGAGACCAAAUACGGCAGUACCGAGAGGCAGUUUACUUGCUAACAGGCUACAAGGUGGACUUGAGAAAGCACAACGGAAUGGAGCUGCUCCGCCUGCGCUCAGUGUACGCUGAGCACGAUGAAGACGAACUGCUGGUACGCAUGGAGGAGAAUGGGUCGCUCGAAUUACUGGACAGCGAGUUUUGCGCGCAAAUCAAUCAUCCUAGCACAAAAGCUAAUCUUAAUUCCAGCAAUGUGUUCUGUUUAAAAUUUCGGGUAGCACAGACACAAUGUGCGCCACACGAAUCCUUAUUGAAUAAGCCCACCCGAUCCGUGUACGCACUAGUGCAUCUGUCGCAUCGCCAUUUUUCCGUAUCAUCAGGACACCUCGCGCAGUUUCCAUUUCUAUCGGAGCUGGGUAUUCAAGCGGAGAAUUACGGUGUGUUCAACGGACAGUGGUUCGGCAAUGGCACCGUAUAUACGUCGGUCAACCCCUUUGAUGGCCAGCCCAUCGCCAGUGUACGAGGUGGGAACAAGGCUGAUUACCAAGAGGUUGUGGCUGCCAUGAACGAUAUCAAGCCUCAGUGGUGCGAGUUACCCGCUCCCAGACGCGGAGAGAUCGUGCGUCAGAUUGGAGAGGAGCUUCGCAACAAGCGUGACGCGCUGGGCAAGCUUAUCGCUCUUGAAAUGGGCAAAAUUUACGUGGAGGGCGUCGGUGAGGUACAAGAGGCAAUUGACAUAUGUGACUUUGCUGUGGGACUUAGCCGCGCGUUGAAUGGAUCGGUAAUUCCUUCGGAGCGUCCUGGUCACUUCAUGAUGGAGCGUUACAACCCUCUGAAAGGCCACGUGGCCAUUGUUACAGCAUUUAACUUCCCCUGCGCGGUGUUAUUUUGGAACGCGGCUUUGAGUCUUGUGUGUGGUAAUACGCAGAUAUGGAAGCCAUCGGAGUCGUUGUCGCUCACAUCUGUGGCUUGUGCCAAAAUUAUUGCUGAUGUACUGGAGCGCAACGGUCACUCGGGUGCCGUCGCUUCGUUGAUUUGCGGGAGUGGUGCGGAAGUGGGCGAGGAGAUCCUUGCUGACAAAAGAAUAGAGCUGGUGUCGUUCACAGGAUCGACAAAGGUGGGCCGCCACGUAAAUAAGGUUGUAUCGUCUCGUUUUGGCAAGACUAUUUUAGAGCUGGGCGGUAAUAACGCCAUGAUCGUGGAUAAGAAUGCGAAUUUGGAGAUGGCACUUCGUGCAACGCUGUUUUCGGCUGUGGGAACAGCUGGCCAGCGUUGUACGUCACUUCGCCGUCUCUUUCUCCAUGAAGACAUCCACGACGAAUUUCUUGAACGUCUUGUAGCUGCAUACCAGAAUAUAAAAGUUGGAAACCCUUUGGAGAACGGCGUCCUAUGCGGCCCCCUGCACAAUCUGCAGGCUGUGAAAAAUUAUCUUGACGGUAUCAAGACUAUUCAAACGCAAGGAGGCCACAUUUUGACCGGUGGAAAAAAGAUUGAAGGAGAAGGCUAUUUUGUGGAGCCGACUAUCGUUUCGAUUGGCCAUGACGCGAAAAUUGUUCAGAAGGAGAUUUUUGCGCCAAUUCUUUACGCAUUGAAAUUCAAGUCACUUGACGAGGCGAUCCAAUUGAACAACGAUGUCCCGCAAGGUCUCUCAUCGUCUCUAUUUACAAAAGAUCAGGCAGCAAUAUUCAAGUGGACAGGUCCUUUGGGGUCAGAUUGUGGUAUUGUCAACAUUAACAUUGGACCUAGUGGUGCUGAAAUUGGUGGAGCAUUUGGCGGCGAGAAGGAAACCGGCGGUGGUCGUGAGUCGGGCAGCGAUGCGUGGAAGCAGUACAUGCGUCGUUCAACUUGCACCAUUAACUACAGCAAAGAGCUUCCUCUUGCCCAGGGAAUUGACUUUAGCUAA